GCGCGUCCUGCACCGCGGCCGAUCGAUAUAUAGAUCCGCCGCGCCCGUGACAACUCCACAUCUACUACUCGCAACCAACAAGUAGCAAAGCUCCCGCGCGCGCCCGUGUGGCGUGCGUGCCUGCCUUCCCCUACCUCUAUAGCUACCUCUACGCUCGGCGUGAUGAUGGCGGGAGGAGGGGGAGCGCUGAUGCUGGAUCAACGCAUGGCGGCGGCGGGUGACAAGGCCCUGUUCGGGUUCGGGGCAGGCGAGUGCUUCUUUGGAGAGGGCGACCUCGUCUGCCCGGCGCCGGCGAACGAGGAGACGAUGGCGAUGACCUUCCCCUUGGACGAGAUGAUGAUGAUGAUGAGCGACGACGACGCGGACGGCAUCGAGGAGCUGGAGCGACGCAUGUGGCGGGACCGCGUGCGGCUCAGGCGCCUCAAGGAGCAGCAGCAGCAGCAGAUCAGUGACCGCCCUUCCGCCGUCAAGCAGGAGGCCAGAGGCGGCAGCAGGCAGGAGCAGGCGCGGCGCAAGAAGAUGUCCCGCGCGCAGGACGGGAUCCUCAAGUACAUGCUCAAGAUGAUGGAGGUCUGCAACGCGCAGGGCUUCGUCUACGGCAUCAUCCCGGAGAACGGCAAGCCCGUCACCGGCGCCUCCGACAACCUCCGCGCCUGGUGGAAGGAGAAGGUCCGCUUCGACCGCAACGGGCCCGCCGCCGCCGCCAAGUACCAGGCCGACAGCGCCGCCACCGCCGCCGCGGGAGACGGCGGCGGGGGCAUGGCCCCCAACGCGCUGGCGGGCCCGCACUCCCUGCACGAGCUGCAGGACACCACGCUGGGCUCGCUGCUCUCCGCGCUCAUGCAGCACUGCGACCCGCCGCAGCGCCGGUUCCCGCUCGAGAAGGGCCGUUCGCCGCCGUGGUGGCCCCAGGCCGCCGUGCCGGGGGAGCUCGGCCCGCCGCCGUACAAGAAGCCGCACGACCUCAAGAAGGCCUGGAAGGUGGCCGUGCUCACCGCCGUCAUCAAGCACAUGUCCCCCGACGUCGACAAGGCGCGCCGCCUCGUCCGGCAGUCCAAGUGCCUGCAGGACAAGAUGACCGCCAGGGAGAUCGUCACGUGGCUCGCCGUGCUCAGGCAGGAGGAGGAGCUCUACCUCCAGCUGCACCCCGGUGCCCGCCCGGCACCGUCCUCCGCCGCGACGAUCCCGUUCUGCGCCAGCUCCGGCGAGUACGACGUCGACGGCGCCGACGGCGAAGACACAGGCCGGAACCACCAGCCACCCUCCAACGCCGCCGCGUCGUUCGUGGACCUUUCGUCGUCGGCGGCGGCCAUGGACGAUGAUGCGGGCCACACCAAGUUCGUCAUGCCCGCGCCCGCGGCGCUGAUGAAGGAGGAGGCCGCCGACGCCGAGUUCUUCCAGAAGAGGAGCGCCGUGGAGCCGGAGCUGAUGCUGGGCAGCAGCUUCCGCGCCUACACCUGCGGCAACGUGCGGUGCCCGCACAGCAGCGGCGCGCACGGGUUCCUGGACCGGAACGCGCGCAACGCGCACCAGUACUCGUGCAAGUUCAACAACAGCGCCGGCGCGGCCGUGCCGCCGCCCGCCGCCGCGACCGUCUUCCCGGCGCCGUUCGGCCCGACCGGCCAGGCGGCGGCGCUCAGCGGUUUGGACUUCGACCUGCCCGUGGACGGCCAGAGGUCGCUCGCGGAGCUGAUGGACAUGUACGAGGCCAACGUGGGCGGCGCGCCCAGGAGCCUGGUGAGCAACGUGAACACGGCCGCCCCCGGCGUGCAGGUGCCCGGUCCAUAUCCGACGCCGUGCCUGUUUGGCGACGCCAUCAGCAACGUGAUACAACAGGGCGCGGCGGCGUUCUACGUCCGUGACGACGCGUCGCCGGAGCUGAGGUUCGGCUCAGGCCUGAACGUGGCGGGAGGCGCCGCGCACUACGGCGGCGCGUUGCAGGUGCAGCAGCAGCAACCACAGCCGCACAAGUCCACGGGAUCCAACGCCAAUUGGUUCUACUGACUGCGGCAGAAUCAUGGAUGAUGGAUGGAAUGGACAAUGGAGCUUGUUAGUUUAAUCUUAAUCUUAGGGAUUAGAAUUCACGAGCAGACCCCCUCGUGAGUUUUCUUCAGACUUGUAUUUUGGGUAUAUUGUAUAAGCCUGCAAAUGGGCAAUGGCUCAUGCCACCGUCCAGCCAUAAACCACCGCAUUCUUAAUGGGAGCUUCCAUCUUGCUCAACCUAUUUAGCUUAAUCAAAUUCUAUCCAGGACCAGCCGUUUGAAUUGAGUA